CUUAAACACCACAGAAGAAGCUGAAAAGCAUCAACAGGAAGUACUUUGUUACCAUCCUCUAUCUAGUUUUCAAACCAAAUAUAAUUCAACCGGUUUUUGCAGGAUGUUUCUAAUGUAAGAUUAGUCUAAAUGAGACGUUUAUUUGUCAAAAUUUAAAUCGAGUUUUAUAUUUAAAAAGGUGUGUUCUAGCUUUUAUUUAUCUGAACGCUGUGACAAAGAAAGUAACUGUAGCGUAACGUUACUCUUACUGUCAUGUUUUCUAUUUGAAGAAACGUUAAUUAAAGAAAGAAUACAGUUGCUUCCAUGACGGAUCGGGACAGAGCUAGUCCGUCCCCUGGUCACAACUCUCCUGGUAGCGCCUUACUGCUGGGUCUGAAGAGGGUGUCUGUGCGGCUGGUCGACUGCAGGAAAACACCAGGGCAGAGUGGAACUGUGAGAGAAGGACACAAGGAGGGAGAUUUGAUUUCAUCAAGGGAAACCCCUAACCAUCGUUCUCUUAGUGGGAGGGGCUUAUCAUCUGGGGAGCCUCAACAUCCUGUUGCUGACGAGACAGAGAAGAGUCUCUCCAGAUUAGAACACCCCAAGAAACACCAGCAGAGACGUACAGGGAAGAAACCUCACCACUGCUGCUCUGACUGUGGGAAGAGUUUCACAAGCCAGAGUGGCUUCAUUAUUCACUGUGAUCAGUGUGGGAAGAGUUUUGCUGCAUCUAACACCUUCAAAUCGAAUGUAAGAAUUCAUACAGGGGAGAAGCCUUACCCCUGUCUUGAUUGUGAGAAAAGCUUUGUUAGUGCAAGAGCCUUAACUGUACACCAGUGUGUACACACAGGAGAGAAACCUUAUAGCUGUGAUCAGUGUGGAAAGAGCUUCAAUAAGUCAGUCCACCUGACUACACACAAGCUAAUACACACUGGAGUGAAGCCUUAUAGCUGUGAUCAGUGUGGAAAGAGCUUUGCUGUAACUUCCUCCCUGACUAGACAUCAGGUAACACACACUGGAGAGAGAACUUAUGUCUGUCUAUGUGGGAAGAGCUUUGCUCUAGCUUCCACCCUGACUGCACACCAGCGAACGCACACUGGAGGGAAGCCUUAUAGCUGUGAUCAGUGUGGGAAGAGCUUUGCUGUAUCAGAAAAACGAACUAGACACCAGCGGAUACACACAGGAGAGAAGCCUUAUAGCUGUGAUCAGUGUUGGAAGACCUUCAAUAAGUCAGUCCACCUGACAACACACCAACUGACACACACUGAAGAGAAACCUUACAGCUGUGAUCAGUGUGGGAAGAGCUUUGCUGCAGCUUCCACCCUGAAUCGACACCAUCGAACACACACUGGAGAGAAGCCUUACAGAUGUGAUAAUUGUGGAAAGAGCUUCAGUCAAUCAGGGAGCCUGAUUUCACACCAGCGAACACACACUAGAGAGAAACCCUAUGUCUGUCUGUGUGGAGAGAGCUUUGCUCAUUUAGGGAAUAUGAGAAAACACCAAAAAGCAAAAACGUGCCGUAUUUCCUCUCCUUCCUAUCUGACACCGGUUCCAGAUCCAUAAAUAAAGGAUCAGUAGAAAACAUCUAGUAAACAGUCGUAUCCAUCUCUCAUUCUUAAACAGUUGCCUUAGUCUGAUCACCAUGGUAACCUCUGGAGCAUAAUAUACAGCUCUGAUCUAGGACCAGGUCUCCCCUGUGUCUAUGUAAUAUUACACAUCUAAAUGGAUAAAUGUUAUCAUAGAAAAUGUCAGCGAACCUGUGUGUGUGGGGGCGUGUUGAUAAUUGUAUCUUUUCAUAUACUCAUGAUAUUAUUAAAUGUCAUUAUGUAGAAUUUUUCAACAAUAGGUGUAUAUUCAUGUAUUCAAUUGAUCAAUAAAUUAAAUCCGUUAUCUUCUAAACAAGAAGUUAUCACUUAAACUGUAUAUAUUAUAUAUCUAUAUUGAUUAAAAUAUUCCUAAAACUAAUCAAUAAUACAUUGGAUAAUAAUAUCCAUGAGGUCCAGGUAAGAACUAUGCAUGCUGUCUUGUAACAACGGUUAAUGUAAUAACUUUUAGAUUUAUAAUGUAAUAAAACCGGUAAAUGUAAUAUCUUCUUGGUUAAUAUGAUAACGUUAUUUUUCCACAUUAAGUGGAAAAAAGUUAUCAGGUGAGUAACUACUUUUUAAAUGAAUAUCGUAACACCUAAACCAAUAUUUUAUGUGUUACUUCACUUAUGUUAAUGCAGACCCACAAACACAAACCUAUGCACCUGUACUCAUACACUAACACACACAAGCACACAUUGAUUAAAAGACCUGAAUUCAUCUGUAGGCCUUAUAGUCAAUGAGU